CUGAAAAAGGCUACAAUGUUGACCUCUGUCAAAAUUCUCUUAAUUUCAAAACUGUUUAGUUUACUACUAAUUGGAAGCCUUGGGGAAGAAGGUCUAGAAAUAAGCACAACACAAAGCACUGCAGCAGGCUUAGAAGCCAUGGACAAUGAAUCUGUUCCUUUGGAAAGUGAUGCAAAUUUAAGCUCAGAUAAAGAAAAUAGAGAAACCUCCAAUCCCAAGACAAGUAAUUCCUCUUUUUGGGAUCUAUCGAAUAAAAACCAUGGAACCACAGAGGUCUUUGGCAAUUCAUCAAUGAACAACUUUUCUGGGAGUCCAAGACCCAUGCCUGUGUUUCCCACAAAUCCUCCUUUGAUCCAAGGCUUUGUUUCUAAAUUGCCUCAGAACUCAUCUAUAGCAGAUGAAAAUCUUCUGCCAGUUUCAGCACCACCCAGUGCUACAUCUGUUCUGUCUUCAGAAAAGUUCACUUGGUCUUCAGCCAGUGAUACCAUGAAAACGCCUGACAACAGUUCCGUUUCAAUGAACAUCCUUCCUGCAGCACCAAACACCACGUCUGCAUCCCCCACGACAACGGAACCAGAUGACUGGCUCACCACAACCAAUGAUAGCUUCUUGGGGUUUACUCCCUAUCGAGAAACAACCACUCUACAGCCCACCUUAAAGUUUACCAACAAUUCAAAAAUCUUCUCAAACACAUCAGACCCCCAAGAAGAGAAUAAAAAUACAGGAGUAGUAUUUGGGGCCAUUUUAGGUGCUAUUCUGGGUGCUUCAUUGCUUGGUCUUGUUGGCUACUUGCUGUGCGGAAAAAGGAAAACAGAUUCAUUUUCCCAUCGGCGACUUUAUGAUGACAGAAACGAACCAGUUCUGCGAUUAGACAAUGCACCGGAACCUUAUGAUGUGAGUUUUGGGAAUUCUAGUUAUUACCACUCAACUAUGAAUGAUUCAUCUAUGCCAGCAGGCCAAGAAAAUGCACGUGAUGGCAUUCCUAUGGAUGACAUACCUCAACUUCGUACCUCAGUAUAAAACCAAGAGGAAAAAGCUUCUGACGGCAAAUGAUUGCCUACAUCCUAGUCUUUUCACAAACCCAUCUUCCAAAAGCUGAAGCAAGAUCAUUGUCAUGUGGCCUGUGCCAAGGAGUACCGUAAAAGCAAGAAACUAGUAGCAGAAACAUAGAGGAUAAUCCAAAAGGUUUCCUUUCUUACCAUUUUUGGCUGUGCUGAAUCAUCUAUUAAGUAACCUUAAUUUGUAUUUUGGUCUAUGUUAUUCUUAGUAGGAAACGUUUGUGUGAAUCAGGUGAAACUAAAGAGUUUCACCAUGAUUGCCCUGCCUGAUAAUUUAAUUAAUCCUAUAUUCCUAAUGCCAUGCAUCAAGAUUGGCACUCUAUUCAAGGAACACUGGAAGAGUAACUUGUUUUUAAUUCUGACUUCUGAAAGAGAGAGAGAGAGAGAGAGAGAGAGAGAGAGAGAGAGAGAAUACAAAGUUUCUGUUCCUGGGAAACUACAGUAAACUAAUAGGAGUGAGAGAUUUGUUCUCUAAUACAUUUAACUACCCUACAUCAGCACAUCCAUGGUCAGCCCCUUGAGCUGCCAAGUUGACAAUGACUUUGCCUUCAACAGGGUCACGGUUGGAAAACUAGCCCUAACCAGGAAAAGAAUUAUUUCUCUUCCAAAGUGGGGAAUGCUAACCUGUCUGAUUGAUUUUAGGCCUCAAUUAAUCGGGUGCUUUAAAGACUCAAUGAGAAACAUGAAGAAAAAGUCAGCCAAAGCAUAUAUUUGUACAUAAUAUUUAGAAUUUUAAGAUGUUAAUAAGAUUGUUAUGUGUUAGGUGUCAUUGCUUGAUCAUAUAUGGAAUAGAUUCAGUAUCUCUAAGUGUAUCUAAGGUCAAAAAAUAGAUGAAUGGAAAUAUACAACCAAAAAAAAUUGAGCAUCACUUUUACAAGCAGAAAUACAAGAACUGUCUUUUCAGUCAUAUUUUUCAGUUUCUUCGUAAUUACCACCUGCUUUGGGCAGGUAGAAAAUGCACUCCUUAGUAUGGGAAGGUUGAGGUUUUAUGGACUAAAGGAUUAGAUCAAGAGUUAAAGUCCCAAGAAGCACUGAAUAUGUGAAGAGAGCAAACAAAGCAAGAGAUUUCAUUGUUAAAUUGACAUAUGGGUGCGCGCAGAAACAGUAUGUGAAGAAACCCAGCAGCAUCCUCAGAAAAUGAGGAUCAGGAAUUAAGUAACAGAAGAACCUACUUACCCCAUAUUGCCAUAAAAAUAGCAAAGAAGACCGUUCCUCCAUUAUCAAACAAGUAUGUCACCUUAAUGGAAAACAAAGCAAAAAUAUUUGUCAAAUAUUGAUUAUAAUAAUCUAGUGAUUGCCGUCUACAUUUAGAUUCUAUGAUUUUUUUUUCUCAAAAGGAAUCACAUUAUUUUAUGAUUUGUAAAUGUGAGAUAUGAGAUCUGUUCAUGGGUCCUGAAACUGUUUCAUAUGAUUUUCUCUUUCGGGAGAGGCGAGGGAUCAGCAAUUUCCCCCUUCUCUUCUUAUUUCUGUUUUAUUCCCUUUGGAUUUCGCCUUCAAUUUCUGCUUAGAAGUGGCUCCAGUACCCUGAGGAAGUAUGUGUGGGCCAUAGAUGGUCAAGGUGAAGUUAGCUUUCAGUGGUGCAUACCUACCUGCACUUCCUGUCACCAAAACUUCCAGGAAUGAGGAAGUUGCAAAAUGAAGAACUCCACCCUUGAGCCAGAAGGUUCUGUAGAAAGUAUCACAGUGCUAUCCCUACUUUCUGACGUCUUUCAGAAUGUGCCAUGGGUCCAAGAGUGGCGACAAGUCUUUUUUUAAAGAAGUUUCAUAUGUCACUUAACAUUUAGGAUAUAGUCCAAGUGUUUUGAAUUAGACAUUAUUUGAAUUUUUAUAAAGAACAAUGUGUGGUUGUAUGAUGUUACUGAAUAUGAUAUUCAGGGUUGUAAAAAUUGUUUGAUUUUAAUAAAUUGUAAACUCAACUUA